CCGGAUCUAGGGUCAACAAAUUUUCCGGCGCCCGCUGGCGACCAGCUGCGCAGUGCCUGUGGCACUCACUAAAGCAGCCCCUGUAAACCGUCACGAGAGCAGUACUGGCAAAAUAAUCCACGGUCGUGAUUUUCAUCCCAGAGCACCAACGCCGCUGGCUGCCUUGAUCCGCCGGCGCCCCCUGAGUCGACAACCACCCAAUCCAAUUCCCUGCGGCUAAUCAGACACAUCAAUUGUGUCGACUAUUAUAAUGGCCACCGUCAAUUCUCUAAGGGUGCUCCUACGCCCGACGAUUCCCAUGGCGCCGCGCAUCCAGCCCAUCUUUGUCGCCGCCGCCCCCUUCUCAACCACUCGAGCCGCCGCCGCCUCCGCUGCUCCAUCAGUCAAGAGCCGAAGAGAUCUUCCGAGAAAGGUCAAGAAGAACUACAAGAAGAAGGCUACCGCUGCCCCGGUGAAAAAGCCCAACCCCGGAGAGCGCAAGGCCUUCCGCAAGAGAAUCCAGCUGAGCAACAAUAGCGCGUUGCCUGUCGAGGGUCUCGAGAAGCUGGAAAGCACGACAAUGUCACAAAAGGAGAACAUUGGCAAAGUGUUUGGACUUUCUGAUGCUGUGGUGGACCAAUUGCGAGCCUUGGAGGCGUUCAAGACUACACAGGCCUGGAAUCUAUUCCGCGCCCCCCAUGUUCUUGUUCGCGAAGAGACAGCGAAGCUUAUUCAACAAUUAGAGGACUCCAAAGCCUCCAAGAAGGCCGCCAAGAUUGUAUUGACUGGCAGUCGUCUAUCAGGCAAGAGUCUUGCCAUGCUGCAGGCAAUGAGCCAUGCGCUCCUGAACGAAUGGGUCGUCGUCAGCAUACCUGAGGGCCAGGAUCUCACCAACGGCAACACCGAAUACAGCCCGAUCCCCGACUCACAGCCGAUGCAAUACUCUCAGCCUGUAUAUAUUAUCAAGCUGCUCCAGAACAUCCUCAAGGCCAACAAGAAGGUCCUUUCUAGCCUGCCAGUUCAGGAAAAGUCCUCAUUUGUUGGAAAUCUGAAGGAGGGUGCUAGUUUGGCAGAUCUCAUUGUCAACGCCAAGGAAGGUGAUGCCGCUUGGCCAUCUCUUCAAGCCCUCUGGAAGGAAUUGACUCUUCCCGGUCGCCCACCCGUCUUGUUCUGCCUCGACGGUGUUUCACACAUCAACAUGAUGAGCGACUACCGCAGCCCCGAGUUCGAGCCUGUUCACGCCCACGACCUUGUCGUUGUCCGCAUGUUCGUUGAUGCCCUCGCUGGCAAAACCAAGCUUCCCAAUGGUGGUGCUAUCAUCGCGGCCACCUCUGGUAACAACAACCACCGCCACCCUUCCCAAGAGCUCGUCCUUGCUCAACUGGAAGCCGGACAAGCUGGCAAGAAGGAUGAAAUCCCGACACCCGACCCAUACGAGCGCAAAUACGACGAACGUGUGUAUGAGUCGCUCAAGAACGUCCAUGUUAUGCGUAUUGAGGGCAUGUCUGUCCCCGAGACCACAACAUUGAUGGAGUACUGGGGUGCCAGCGGCCUCCUUCGUAGCGCUAUUACGUCAAACUUGGUCAAGGAGAAAUGGAGUCUCGCUGGACACGGUAAUGUCGGCGAGCUGGAGAGAGCUGCAUUGAGGACAAUGCACAUGUAAAAACUAGGUGGCUUCACUAUCUUGUAGCCCUAAAAGAAACCUGUAUUAUAUCCCCGUAACAUUAUCUGAACUCGGAAUACAAUCGCUUUUUUCCCUUACAAAGAUUGUUCCCUUUCUACUUGGAGAUGUGUGAUGAAGAAAUGACAUUAUUCAUUCAAUGUUGUAUUAGCAGAAACAUAGAAAAAAGAAAAAAGAAAAGAGAAACAUAGAUAAGACCAGCAAAGUGUUACAACAAUCAUUCCCGAUCCCAGAGUUCAAUCAUGUCCAAAAACGCCACAGCCCCUCCCUAAGCAAUGCGAAUCAUGCGAUGAAGUUUAUUUUUUCUAAUCAUCCAUGCCCUCCUCGUUACCAGCAGUAACAAAGACCAGUCUGGUACCAUUGCCAGCAGUUUGCCACACGUCAAGAGUGGUGUACUCGUCCAAUGCGUUAAGCCACUGGUCUUCUGUGAAACCCUUGGCAAGAACUCUCUCCCUGACCUUUCUCAUGUUGAGCUCAAUGCCAAGUUCGUCGUCUUCGACGUCGUCAGCACGGCAAGCACCGGAAUCAGCCAGGGCCUUGACCAUGUUGUAGAUCUUGCUGCUGGGGUUGAGGCCACGGCGACCGUUUCCAACCUCGUAGUUCAAGCUCUCCUUGCUGGCCUCGAUCAGGCGGAGAGCCUCGUCAACAUCGUCUUGCGUAACCUCAUUGCUGAAGCGGAGACGGGCCAAAGCCUGUGCCAGACGAACAACACCAAGAAGAGUACGAGGCGUUGUGUGAGUGAACUGCUUGCCCUUCUUUUCGGCGCGCUGCUGCUGGUCUCGAAGACGCACGUAUGUUCGAAUCAUGUAUUCGGAAACAGACUCAGGAACAACGGGGCGGAAUGUUCUAGCUUGAGCAACGUACGAGCGAACCUCGUGGGGGCUGAAGACAACGUUGUCUGUGCCAAUGUCUGGGUGGCGGUUGUGCAUGUGGACGUAAGCAACGUGCUUGGCGAGCUGCUCAUCCGAGUCGCGAGACGGUGUGUCGAGCAACAAGAACAUGAUAUCGAAACGAGAGAGCAGGGCUGCGGGUAGGUUGAUGUUCUCUACGGGAGAGAGACGAGGGUUGUAGCGACCGUAGACAGGGUUAGCAGCAGCAAGGAUGGACGUUCUGGCGUUGAGAGUGGUGGAAAUGCCAGCCUUGGAGAUGGAAAUGGUUUGCUGUUCCAUGACUUCGUGAAUGGCAGUACGAUCGUUGUCGUCCAUCUUGUCAAAUUCAUCGAUACAGCAGAUACCGUUAUCAGCAAGGACCAGUGCACCACCUUCGAGAACCAUCUCAUCGGUCACAGGGUCACGCAUGACGGCGGCGGUCAAACCGACACCACUGCUACCUCGGCCAGAGGUGUAGACACCACGAGGGGCGACCUUGGAAAUAUACUUGAGCAACUGCGACUUGGCAACACCAGGGUCACCCAUCAUGCAAAUGUUGAUAUCACCACGGAUCUUCAUACCGUCACCCAUCUCCUUGGUAACACCACCAAUAAGGAGGAGCAGGAGGGCCUUCUUGACAUCCAGGUGGCCGAAGAUUUCGGGGGCAAUAGACUUGGCCAACAGCUCGUAUACCUGUCCGCUCUGUCUGUAUUUAUCAAUACGGCGAACGAGAAGAGGAUCGAUAAUCAUCUCGCUGUAAGCCUUCUUGUGCUGGCGAAUGUAGUGUGCCUCCAAGUACGUAUCCGUGAGGAGCCCAGCCUUCAUAGCCUGAAAGCCAGUGUACGGUGUGGGUAGGAAAACACCCGAGAUAUCGACAACGUCACCAGGGUUGACCUGGCGGACGAGACUGCCGUGGCAUAGAACGGUCAGUGAGCGAGGGAUCUGACCAAUAGGGACCUGCUCAGCCAUUUCCUGGACCUUGACCUCUUGGAAAGGGAGGAACUUGGAUGCUCUGGUGGAGGGGUUGAGCUGUCCCUUGGACUGAUUCUGCUUGCAGUCCUCGGAGGGACACAUCGUCAAUGGACCAUACUGCUUGUCAGUGACGGGCUGGAAGAUUUCACAACCGCAGCGGUCGCAAGUGUAUGCGCUGACUUGGACGAUGGGCUUGACAUCAGAAACACGAGUGACGAUGGAGCGAACAGUAAUAAGGUGGCCGAGGUUCUCGCCACGGACGUGGCGAACAGCCAUCGGCUUUGAAGCACUGUUUUCUGUGUUGGUUGGUGGCUUGAAGGAGAGUGUGUAUCGGCGCGUAAGUUCGGCAGGGAACUGGUCGUCGGCAAGCGUGGGAUCUCUCUCGGCGGCUGCUUCCAGCUCCUGGUUGCGGGCUUGUCUACGAGCCAUCAGAACAUCGAGAACGUCGUCUUUGAAGCUAUAGUUUAUGUUAACACUUGUGCAGGGAGGUAGUUAAGCUUCGCAGCCCUACCUGACAUCGGAGCUAGGCGCAGGCAUGGCGUUAUCGACAGCCUUGGAGACGACAUCAACGUAGUGCUUGGUGUUUAGCAUGACUGAGUCCAGAAGGUGUAGACCUUCGUCGCCGACUUGCUCUUCCCAGGCAGCGACAUCGUCUAGGUCGACAGUGAUUUCGUCGGUUUUGCGAUCGGCGAGAUCUUGGAGCUUUUGCUUGUACUUGUAUUGGGGUCCUUGCUGCUUUGCCUGACGGCGGCGCUCGCCCGUCUCGUCAUCCUCGUCCAUGAAGUCAUAUUCAUCGCUCAGGCCGUCUUCGUCAAUGGAAAUGCUGCCAAUUGCGCUGGUCAGUGCCUGCUCGGGGGUUGCCUUGAAGGUUUUGAAGAACGCCUCGAAAGCCUCUGU